UACAACCAUCCCAACCGCCCUGCUUUUAUAGUACAUAAGCCAAUCUCAUCAGUUUAUGUCAGCAGGCCGAACCUCACCAACUCCCUUUCAUCCAACCCUCAACCGCCAAAGCCCACACAUAUCAUCCUCCUACAACACCCAACACCACCACCACCAUGGCCUCCACCACUCAGCCUCGCAAGAAAUCCAGGCAGUCCAUCUCAACCAGCACACUCACCAACAACAACCCAAGCACCAGCACCUCAUCCUCAAAAUCAUCAGCACUCAAACCCACCCUCAAGAAACGAAGCAAGAGUCUCGGCGGAAACGCACUCGAACAGAAAAUCCUACGCGACAACAACAGAGACCAAGACUCACUCAACAUCGACUUCGACCUCACCCCACGCAAGAGAGCCCGUCGAAGCCUCGUACCUGGGAAAUCUAUCCUCAAAUCGCGUCCUAGUACUCUCUCUGGCCCUGGACUAGAACGAACAACGAGCGAUAAUACACUCACCCUCAACAACCAUACCCAACCCUUGCCAAGCUUCCUAACCUCAACCGCCAACCAGCUCACAUCCUCCCAACUCACCGAUCAGUUCUCCAACAACCCACUCUCCCAGCCGAUCCAAGCCAGUCAAGAUACUGAGAACCAAAACCCAAAAGAUGACGCCAAUCCAGCCGAUAACAGCUCCGACAUGGAUCUCUCUGAUGACCACGGCUGGCACAGGAGCAGUCUAGGCUCAAAUACUACCACUCUACUCAGGCGCGUCAGCUUUGCAGCAAAAGCGCAUGUCAGAACUUUUGGUAGUCCUCUCGUGGACCCUGACUCCAGCAUAGCAUCCUCUAACGCAUCUGCCCCUCCAAACGAGCCCCCAGGACAACCCACCUCAUCCACCGGCGAAACCAACUCUUCUGAGGACGAUAGCACUGCUGAUAUGAGCAUCGACAGUACUACUACCCCCAACAAUCAACUCGGCCCUACGGAACACUCCAAGGCCAGGCAGCCUGAGCCAAAUUCGACUGCAGUCGAUCAACCUCCAUCCAAAGACCCAUUCAAGCCAUCCAAAGCUAGUCGACUCUCCAUGGCUAUCCCCGGCUAUGGCAACCACGACGACGACGACGACGACAAUGAUGAUGAUGAGGAAGGCGAAGAUGAGACUCAGGGAACUAAAACCAACAGGUCAGAUGGUACCAAUCGAAAUCCUAGCGACCCUCAAUCAAACAGCGCCAAUCAAGCAAAUCUCGUCGACUCACAACCUAGCUCAUCAAAAACUGCGCAGGGUCAGCUUAAUCUCUCUAGUAGUCAAGAAGAUCACGAACGCAGCCAAGAUAUGGACAUCACAACACCCUUUCAGACUGUUCCCACCAACACUGUACAUCCUCAACAACAAAACUCAUCAGGCCCCACUCAACAACCCAAACCACCCACCCAGAGCGGUAUCCCUCGUCUCCAAUCCUCAUCGACUAGCACUCAACAGCGCGGAGCUAUCAAAAGCAGUCGGCUAUCCGUUGCCCUGCCCGAAUACUUACGUGCCAAUCGCCUCGAUGAAACUGAAAAUCUGGAUGACAUUACUUCAGCUAGUCGGCCAGCUGUGACUGCUGGAUCAAUUCCUGUCAUCAAUCAUCAACCUCCUCUCAGUGAACGGGAACGCCGGGCUUGGAAAACCAGUCGUCUAUCAGUCGUGUUACCAGAAUACUUACGUGGGGACCCUGUGGAUGACACUGAGAAUAUCCCAACAUCUACUUCAACCGCAAAACCCCCCUCUCAAUCGACACUUCAAUCCUCGAACACCAAUCUCCCCGAGCCUGAAAAAACUCAUCCCGGCAAGCACUCUGAAAAAGCUAAAGCUGCCAAGACCAGCCGACUCACAAACUUCCUGGGUUCUUCGCAAGAAGACGAGGCGCCCAGCGAAGAUGAGGUACCUGAGAACCUUAAUAAAACUCGGCAGACACAGCCAAACGAGCCGGAAACUAACCCCGAAACAGAUGAGGACCGAGCUUCUCAUGCCCAAAAAACCAACAAACCCAGUCAAACGACACAGUCAUAUUCGAACUGGGAUGAUCUCUCACGCGAAUUGGAUAAUGCGCGCGAGGGAGAAAACCAAGGGCCGUCGCUGUACUCGGAAGAUUCAGAACCGGUGACAAAGAAAGUACGGAGCAGGGUCUCGGAGUUCUUACAGACCCAAGACAGCUCUGAUCUAGACGAGCCGGAUUCGGCAUUGAUCGACUUCCAUGAACCUGCUUCCAGUCGUGCAUCUUUCCGACCGCCAGCCAACCGACCCUCUUUAUCUACACCCGGCUUGAAAAACAUUCAAGAACAUGAAGACCUGAUCAACAUGAGUUUUGAUGAGACCUCUGCGCCAAAGCCUGCAUUAUUUCCACCUGGCCCUUCGAAAUCCGGACCAUCUACUCUGCCUUCAUCCUCUUCUGAACCGAUUUCAAGAGCUGGAAGCUUUCCCAGGGUCUCACUUGAGCCGGCAAACCCCAGGUUAUCUUCGAUCCGAGGCAAUCAGCCACUCAACUCAGCAUCUCCAUCCCGCCGACUUUCCGGCUCUCUCUCGGGCUCUCCCAAAAAGCUCCGACUAUCGUUUGCAUCCCCGCGCCGCUCAACCCAUUCAACCGGCGCAUCCAAUCAGUCGGACCAGCACGAUUCCACAAACAGUACCGCCGAGCUUUUCCGAUCAAAGUCGGCCGAUCCUGCCUCGGCCUCUAUCAGAGGACCUGAUUCGGAUCUCCAUCGGUCAUCCGACGCGAGUCAUCCACAGGAUAACUUGCACCCGCCCGGCGCUCGGAUCAGCCACAGCUCUUCGAUGCCUCCGCCACAGACUCAACCUGUGCCACCAUCACCGAUAUCGAUCAGCUUGAACGAGUUCUUCGAACAGGCUGAGAUUCGAUUCAUCAGCCUCUCUCAACCUAGAGUCAGGAACUACGACCAACAAGAACAACCCGAAAGCCAACACAGGGUCUCUAGCUUUGCCCAACAGAUCUUCGCUGGCAUGGUCAAGAUUCCUCGGCUACGUCUACUGGAGAGUUCAUCUAGUAACUUGAGACAGAAGACCGAGCUUCUACAUUUCACAACCAAAGAACACGAGAAUGAGAUCUCUCGGAACGCGCAGCAAUACAAGGUCCUCAAGGAUUGGGUCAACCUCCGACAGAAACAGGCUCAGAUCGGCCAGAGUCAUCCUCACUCUUCCCAGAAACAUGUCGAGGAUCUCGAGCAAAUCAUGAACCAACUCAGACUCAAGAAGAAUUGGGUCGAGAUGAGCGCUAAGAAAGACUGCCAUCUCUUCGAUAUCGAGAUGUGGAAAACUUACCAGGCUCAUCUUCAUGAUCGGACCGCCAAAUUGUCUCAUGAUUUGGAGAUGAUGAGAAAGAUGGAUUCGAUUGUCAAGCCCGCGACCGAAUCUUUGCGGGAGCGCAAGCAGAGUCUCAUCGAGGAGAUCCGACGACGAAAGCAAAAGCUUGCAGAGAUCGAGAGUUGUGAUCAGAAUCUAUUGAAGGCUUUGAAGGAGGAAGCCAAGGAUCUAGCGGCGGUCACCGAAGCCAAUCGGCGCGAAUUGGCCGAGUCGGAGUUCGAGCGCAAUCUUUGGCUCGGCAAGUUUGCGGAAUUGGACGAGGAGAAAAACGAGCAUCUUCAAAGGAUCGAGCAGCUGAAGCGGGAUCCCGAGCAGACCCAACAAUGCACGGUGCAAGAACUGACCCGUCUGAAGAACGAGUUCAAGAUGUUACAGAGCAUGUUAGGCUGGGAAGUGGUCCGGUUCGAGGACGAGCUGAUGGAGUUCAUCUUCUAUUCGACGAUCGGCGUGAAACUCCAUCUGGCCCCCUUCAAGCCUGAGGAACCCUAUCGGAGCGUCAGAAGGGUCGAGCUGAGCUGGAGCGAGCAGCCGGGCCCAUCAACGGCGCCCGAACAGUGUCCAUUGCGUCGGACCGUCAAGUUGUUCUUCUUCGGCCAUCUGAAGGCCCAUUUCGAGCGCGCACAGGGUCUGGGAAGAGUCCGAGAGUGUGUCCAACAGAUCUCGUCGAUGUGGUACCAAGCCCUACAACUACUAUGGGAGAUCACGAACGCCAAGGCUCGGUUUAGUGUCUCGGUGGUGAUCGAGGAUGAUGAGCCCAAGACCCGGGCCGGCCCGAGGGGUGGGGGUGAUCCGGCGAGCCAGACGAUGGACGUCCGGGUGACGAUCAGGUCGGCCAAGACCUGCACGGUCGCCCGCUGCCAUUUCCUCUUCGACGGCCAGGAAAUCGCAGACCCCUUGCACCCCGCCCCGCUCUCUCUCGUCUCCUGUAAAGUCUCGCCUGUGAUCGGAAAGCCCGAUUGUUUGAGUCUCGCUUAUACGCUCAAUGAGCAUGUCGAUAAAGCCCAUCGAGGCGCGCUGAAAGACGGAUGUCUCGACGCUUUGGCUGCUCUAGACGCCUCGUGAAUCGGGUCCCUUCCCUCCGGAUCGGAGUUGAUGGAGACCAGCACAUCCAUCUUGCCGUGUUUUUGUACUUGUUUUCCUCCUCCUCAUAAAAAAUUGUACUCUACAUACUUGCUCGUUUCUCCUCUUUUUUUUUUUUUUUGGCUCGGUGGGGGGGGGGUAGCUUCUUGAAGUAGCCCAUGUAACACUGCUCUUGCAAUUCCGCUGGCUCAUCUGAGCUCUUCCUCUUCUGUUGCACCCUACCCCACUUUGUUGUUGUUUGGGUGGAUUGUGUAUCUGUGUAAUCUUUGGUUGGUGGGAAUAAGUAGGACGGUGUGGUGGUUGUAGCUCUCCAUCUCCAUCUCCCCGUCCCCUGUUUGUUUUCUGUGUUGUGUCUCUGCUAUGGGUGGUGUUUGCAGGUUUGGAUGGGUGUGUUGUGAAGGUCAGCGGGUUGUGUACUCAUCUAUGGACGAUGCGUGGGUGCUGGUCAUCCUUCAAUUGAGAAAUCAAUGCACAGUCAGGACCCAGGCAACCCCCUACAUAUAGGCGCCUAACCAAAAUGUAAAGAUUUCUGGGCAAAAAUUCAAAAUGAUACACACCAAAAACGUAUGAAUGGCCUUU